AUGAAGAGCUGUCCAAAUGAAGAGCUGUGCAGGGUGAUAUGGGCAGGGGGGUGCGAGCCACGACAGAGGUUCAUCAUCAUCGUCAUCAUUAGUAGCGGCACCAUCGUAGCGCGUGGGCACGCCCACAAGGCGCAUGACAAGAAGAAGAAAAGGCACGACGAACGGACGCGCUGUCGCUCUCUGUGGUUGCCGUGGGGCCAGUUCGAGCCCGCAGCCGCCUUACCGCCACGGCGCCUGGCCGCCCAUCAGCGGAUCUACCGCGUCGCCUUCAUUAUGUCAUCGAGUGAGGUGGACGAGACGCAGGAGGUCGUGCAGGACGCGCAGAGUUACCAGAGCCGCGCCCACAGACUUGCCACACUGUUCAUCAUGACGGCUGGCAGUGCUAAUGCGAGCCAGUUUCCCAUGAUGUUCGUCGUCUACGGAGGAGUGACGUUCCUGCUGGCAUACCUGGCGUUUCUCUGCGUAGUGACAUUUCCCGUUAUGUGCCUGGAGAACAACCUGGCCCAGUUCGCCGGAGACGGAAACAGCGGCAUCUUCAGCGCAGUUCCGCUCUUCAUCGGCCUGGGCUACACCAUGAGCCUCUACGCAAUCGUGCACGUGGUGGGCGACUCGGUGCCGGUGUCCGAUCAGCUGCUCUACCUGCUGGACUCGCUCCGCGAUGCCACGUGGAAUGAUUGCUCCAACGGGCUGCUGCUCGCACCCAACCGGACCUGCUAUGUACCCAGGCACGCGUUCUCGCUCUGCAGGACCACUCGCGCUCGGCUCACGGAGGCCUUCCGGCGGCAGCCGCUAAGCAACGGUAUGCCGGCCGUGGCGGAAGGACCGGACCUCUCCGUGGUGCUACUGCCGCCCAAGGUGUACCGCAGCGAGAUGGCUGACUGCCUGCCCGGAGUGUACAACUACCUGCAGCCGUACCAGCCUCGCCGCCAUGCCGGCUGGUUCGAGGAUGGCUGGCCAGCGCUUAGCGAGAUCCACGCAGAGCCCAUUCUCUCGCUGGCCGCUAUCUGGAUGGUGGUGUUCGCCCUCGCACACCACGGCUUCACCACUAUCAAGCGGGCCAUGUACGCGAUGGUGUUUGUGCACGUGUGCACGAGCUUCCUGCUGCUUGUGCGUGGUGUCACCCUGCCUGGUGCGAUGAGCGGCCUCGGCAUGCUGCUCUACUCAGACUGGAACUACGCUGUCAACCUCGAGAUGUGGUCCCACGCACUGUACGUGUCCCUUGAGAGCGUCGGCGUCACCGGCUCCAUAUACCUGGGCAUUGUUCGGUUCAACAGCUUCAAGCACGACUAUCACCGAGACGUGAACUUCGUGCUCGUCGCGGACACUGCCUCCAAGGGACUUCGUAUGGCCAUCACGUUCAUGUUCCUGGGCCAUCUGGCGUCCAGCAUUGGCAUCGACGUCCGCAUGCUUGUCGGCAUCGAGUCACACGUCAUCGUGGGCAUAAUGCCUCAGGCCAUGAGCGUGGUGCCAUACCAUGAACUGUGGAGCCAGGUACACUCGCUCUGGCUGCUCUCGACGAUGCUUCCGAAGUUUCUCAUAAUGCCCGAUAUCGUCAUUGAAGUGCUCGCUCCGGCGCAGCCGUUUAUUUUGUUGAACCGGACGCUGAUUCACUUCUUCAUAUGCGCAUCUCUUCUUCUGGUCAGCGUCGUUGUCUGCAGCCCGGGUGGAGCCAACAUUGCCGCGAUUAUUGUGCACAAUCAUGACCAGAACGUACGCUUCGCAGUGCUCUUCCUCGAGUCCAUCGUGUUCCUGCAGUUUUGUGGUCUACGGCGACUCGAUAUCGCUUCUAGGAUAAUGACGGGACGUGAAUGCGGUUUCUUUGUGAAAGCCUGCCUGGCUUCCGUCAUACCAGUGAUAACUAUUACCCUGCUCUCAAUCAAGCUCAUGUCUAAGCACUCUGGAGGCGGUCAUUAUCCAAUUUGGAUUUAUGCGGUGAUCACAUGGUUCGACAUCGUUCAACUAAGCUGCAUCCCGGUGUUUGCCAUUGUCUUCAUGUGUGAAACAGAGUUGGAUCUGGAUAAUUGCCUGCUACCGCUACCAACAUGGGUUCCCGUCCACUGGGAGCAGGCCAUGUUCUACCGGAAGACGCUGGUGGUCGAGGGCUUCGACUCGGAUGCCCGGAAAAACCCUCCACUUUCUCCUCGAAAACGAGCACAGUCGACCCAGCGGCCGUCGCCGAAGAAGCGAGCCGUGGUCUCUAGGGACUCGAGCUCGUCGUCCAGCACCGAGUUAUUGGGCUCGGCCUUUGUGGUGCCCAGCGACCGGUUGUUCGUCCAGCCAGGAACGGAAACCCGCAGAGCCCGCCGAGCCAAGUCGCUUGCUGCCAGUGCCAUCGGCUCGCUGUCCGGCACGGUGCAUGUGUCCCGACACCUGAGCUCGGUGCGGCAGUGCGUGAUGCGCGAGAGGCUAGCGGCUCGAGCGGCGGACCAGGCCGACUUGCAGGUUCCUCCAGUUGGGGAAGCUCACGAUGAACCACAGAAGGAAGACGUGCGGCCUGGACAGCAAGCAACCCAGCCAGCGCCCUCUGACAAGCAGCCGGUCGCUGAAGGCAGAGACGCCGCCUUUCCUGUCCAAGGAACACCACUCGACAUCGACCUGACGCACUGUGGGAGUUACGAAGCAAUGCGACGGAGUGGAAAUGUUGACAUGGCUCAACUCGCACUUCUGCGAAAAUCGAAGCAAGGUGGAGAAAACCCUGAGAUAUGCGCUGAUAAAGGCGCCGAUAGACCUGGAACCCCUACAUUACUUUCUGAUGAUGUCAGCCAAGAUGAUGCGCCAGCUGGCGUGGUUCCCAGGAAGGUUCGACUGAGCGUGCACGAAAUGCUUAUGCAAAAUAAGCCCUUGCCCAUAUCUCCUACUGAAGAUUUACUGAGUGGCAUGUACAUCCGCGUGUUGGUAGUGCCGAAUGAUCCCAGCACCGCGACCGCGUUGUCAGGGCAACGCGAACAAGUGGCAGGAACGAAAACCACGAUGGGGACGACUGCGGAAGAGAAGCCAGGAAGGCAAGUCUCGAUGAAACAACCACAAAGACAGCAGGAACCUGGUGAGCCAGAGCCGAGAGAGCCUAACGUGGUGGGAGGUGCAGAGCCACAGCCUUCAAAAGUGAAACCAGCCCCCACAGCGAAGGGUGCAGUGGUUUCGUCGUCUAAGCACCGUCAUACUAAGCGUCACAAGCCGAAGCAUGUCGCUGACAAGGUCACUUCCGGUGGUGAACAGCCACUCACUGAAGAAAGAGGCGCCAAGCCUAGGGAGGAAGGCUACCGACAAAGCGAUAAAAUUCCUGGGCAAGAACUUGUACUUCAGCAAAAAUCGAAGAAACACGGAGAAAAGCUCCUGUCUGAUGAACCGUUCUUUCAGGGUGCCGAUAGGUCUGGAGCUUUUUCCCCUGAUGUACCUGAUCACGUGGUCACAGAGGAGGCCAGACUGCCUGAGCCUAAAGAAGACAAAACAGAAGACGGACAAGGACAUGUGCAGACCACUUUGGUUUCCAAGAAACCUCGAAUUAGUGUACAGGAAAUGCUCCUGCAAAAUAUGGCCCUGCCUAUUUCUCCUACUAACGAAGGUAUACUAAGCAACAUGUGCGUCCGGGUGGGCAUGGCACCGAAUCCUUCAGGCUCCCAAGCAACAUUGAUGGAAGAACGCCAAGAAUUUGCUGGCACAGGGCUCGGGGUUGGACAAGCUUCGGGCAAGGGAAUGCAAGGACAGCAAGGACUGCAGGAACUUGGUGAACCGAAGCCGAAGGAGUCGCUCAAAGCAGGUCGUGCAAGACAACAACCUGGUCAGGCAUCACCAAAACUGGCAUCCAGUGGAAAAAGUAUGACAGCGGGGUCUUCAAAGCCACAACGAUCUAAGCAUUCCAAGCAUAGAAACGCGGCGGAGAAAAAGCCAGAUCAGCGCCGCAAGCAAGUGCUAUAUAAGCCCUCAGGGGGUUUAGUUCCUGUAGAGAUUGACGCACCGCAUACAAGGGUGCCACCAAAGACUGAGAAUCUUCAAGGAGUUGAAGGUGCGAUAGACUCGACCAGUGCAGCUCAAGAACAUAGUCCAGAGCCUACGGAAGCUAAGCGAAGGAGAGUCGGACAAGCAAACGAAACGCCCUCCAAGAGGUCUUCCAAGUCGCUGGAGUCCGCUAGGAGAGCGUCGACAACCCACAUGCUAGCUUCACACGUAGAGGAGAAACCACAAGGGAGAACUGUCAUCGGGACGGAAGUGCCACGUGCGAUUUCCAGUGGUCAACAAGUGCAUCCGGCAAGAGUUGCUUUGACUGCAAAUGCAAAAACAGAAAAGGAAACCAAGCAGAAGCACAAGAACAAGGAGAAAAAGCAGAAGAAGGAGAAGAGUCGAGGCGUUUCUGCGUCUUAGUCCCGCACAUCCCCCGCAGGGCCCUAGUGCGCACUCGAAUCCGCCCAAGAACGUCCCCAUUUGUGUGGCCGUGGUACUCUGAAUGACCCGUGAGGUAGUGGGGUCAAGCAGUAUAAGAUCCCGAGAACAGACCUGAUUCGCUCGUGCGCCAUGCCCAAUAAUCUGAUGCCUCAAUACAAUAAAUACGGGGAACCCAAUAAGUUGCCA